CACAUUAAUGUCAAACCGAGCUCGUGUGAUAAUAGAGCCGAACUACCUGUGCUGGCGAUACUGAGAUUGCGAGUUCGUCAACACGGACAUGAUAUGAUGGCCCAGUCUCGUCUUGCCAAGGUUUCUAUCGUACAUGUCGGAAAUAAGCAACAAAACAAAUCAGAAUUUAGUUGAGUGAUGCUAAAUUGUGCCUCAUACAUCCAACAAACAAACGGAAGACGCUAUUCCAAGUGUGCUCUUAGCCAAAAAGCAGCCUUUUCCGUCAACUCCUGAAGUUGAUUCAGUGAUCGGAGAGCCCCAUUAUAUAGCCUUACCGCCUUAACAAGUGCCAAUGAAUUGGCCCUUACGCCUUUGAGUGCGAAGCGAAGAAGAUAAUGGACUUGGCUGAUAUCGCAGAAGGGGGCAUUACCAAUCCGGCGUUUUUGGAUCCCCAAGAAAGUCCAAAAGGGAGGAAAAAAGUCGACCGAUUUGGAAUCGCGGAAAAUCGAGUCCAGCCCACCACGAUCGAGGACGUGGUUGAGGAAGAAAAUCAAUUGAUUAAGAACAACUGCAAUCUGUUCAGGCUCAUUCCAUUGCCUUGCUUUCGUAUAUUUCUCAAGCCCCAAUGGAUCCUCGUGUUCCUCUGCUGGGCCUCAACCAUUCAAGGUAUGGUAGUCAACGGAUGCGUGAAUGUGGUUAUAUCCACAAUUGAGAAACGUUUUGGUCUCCAAUCCGCUUUGAGCGGGCUGAUCGCUGGAAGUUACGAUAUCGGCUCCAUGCUCGCAGUCAUCCCCGUCACGUAUUUUGGGGGGCGUCUCGGAUCCUCCAAACCUCGAUACAUUUCAUCAGGGCUUUUAUUGAUGGGUCUUGGUUCUCUUGUGUUUGCACUGCCUCACUUUUUAACCGAUCGAUAUGAGUUUGAAGUUGAUGCCGAUGGAUUAGCCAACCCAUUGGACUUUUGCACUCCAGGAGACAAGGACACGGGCAAAUGCGAUGCGAAAAAGUUUGUUUCCGACUUGUCCAAUUUUAAGUACUUUUUCCUGCUUGGACAAUUCCUUCACGGUGUGGGAGCGGCUCCCCUUAUUACUCUGGGCACCACUCUCUUGGACGACUCUGUGAGCAAGAAGAGUUCACCACUCUACAUUGGUAUUUUCCAGACCAUGUUUGUGAUUGGACCGGCUAUUGGUUUCAUCAUGGGUGGACACUUCUUGGGUUCAUACACGGACUUCGAUGUCCUCGAUUCGGACGAAGUGAUCCAAAUCACAGCCCAAAGCCCCCUCUGGAUUGGAGCCUGGUGGGUGGGAUUCGUGAUAGCGUGGGUUUGUGCCUGGUCAUGUGCUCUCUUUUUGGGCUGUUAUCCCGGCGUUUUGCCGGGAUCAGAACAUCACAACGAAGUGAAAGACUCGGAUGGGUUCUCGACCCUGAAGCAAUUACCAAAGGCGAUUUAUGUGUUACUCACUAACCCUACUUAUAUGUUCAUCAACUUGGGGAGUGCCAUGGAUGGGUUCUCAAUUGCUGGUGCCUCCACGUUCUUGCCAAAAUUCAUGCAAUAUCAAUACGGCCUAAGCCCGGGCUUGGCCGCCAUGGUCGUUGGCUUGAUUGUAGUUCCUUGUGGCGGAGGUGGAACCUUCAUUGGUGGUUACAUCACCAAACGCUUAAAACUCACCCGUUCGGGAGUGAUCAGAAUGUUUCUGAUGGCUCAAUCGAUUAAUGUCCCUUGCAUUCUGGCCUUCUUUUUCUAUUGCGAUAAUCCGCAAUUUACCGGGAUAACCGUCCCCUAUUCAAAAACCGAUUCUUUAGAUGGAUCUCUGCUUGACUCUUGUAACCAAGACUGCCAUUGCUUGGACUUCAAAUUCAAUCCAGUAUGCGGCAGUGACGGCCAGACCUAUUUCAGUCCGUGUCAUGCGGGUUGCAUUGAUUCCACGGUCUCAACGGGUCAAAUCACAAAUUAUACCUCAUGUGCCUGUGUCAAUGGAGACAAUCCGAUGGUUUUCAAAACUCCUUGUUCGCCCGGAUGCAAUUCGAUGAUUGGCUUCAUCGUGGUCAUAAGUCUCUCCAUGUUUUGUACCUUCAUGGCAGCCAUGCCUAACGUUGUUGCUACCUUACGGUCAGUAGAGCCCGUUCAUCGCUCUUUAGCAUUGGGCAUCGAGAGCAUCGUCUCGCGAGUCCUAGGGACAAUCCCUGGUCCUGUGAUCUUAGGAUCAAUCAUAGACUAUGCAUGUCUCCUUUGGGAAAAGCGAGAAUGCCACGAAGAUGCGGGGAGCUGUCAAUUUUAUGAUAACUACAGUAUGGCCAUGGCCAUGUUCCUAGCCCUCGUGGUGGUUAAAAUUCUAAGCGUGGUGGCAUUCGCUUUCGCCUUAUUCUUCAGCCAGCGAUCUCAUAUCAAAGAUGAAGUGGAUUAAGACUCCCAAACUGUCAUUGUCAGUCAGGACACACCCGACAUCCCGGUACCUUCCAGUCGACGCAAUGGUAGCCCCUAGCUACGAUUCAAGUGAAAGCGAUAAACAUAAAUCUGUACUAUGAUACAGAAUAAAGUUGGUGAUUAUUUGUCCCACGA